UGUUUUGUCACAAUUUUCUAAUGCCUAGUUAAAGAAUGCGAUCGUUGAACUUGUCUGUGUAUAGAUUUUCUCUUUCUUUUCCCAGGUUCUGAAAAAUCUCAAGUUUAUAAAAAUAAAUAUGAAAGGCCUAAUUACUGUCGGUACAGUCAGCGUAGCUAGUACAAUUUUUGACCCCGUUUUGAGUUUGCGUUACUGUGUAUUCGAUGCCGUUAGUUUAGCCUAAAAAGAUAGUUGUUUCUUUGAAGUUGAAGCUAUCUUUCGCGUUCGCCGUGUGUUAGUUUUAAGUUGAGAGAAAUCUAGAAAAAUGUUGAGCAUUUUUGUACGGUCAUUUUUUAAGACGAACGGGUAUUGAUUUGCCUUAAAGGCUUGGCCCGGCGAAUAUACAGACUAUACAUGGUUUAUAGGGGUCUUACGUGGUUUCUAUUGGCUCACUGACUCAUAAAAAACUAAGGGACACAUUUUUUGUUGGAAUUUUCCAAAUGACUGAACAUUUAUAUACGCGUCUUCAAAUUUUGAGAAAAGGUCGUGUGAACUUUGAAUUAGUUCAAUUAAAAAAAGUAAUGAGUUGUAGGUGUGUUGUGUUAGUGUAAUGUUUUUGUGUUUUAAAAACGCGAACUAUGGAGUUUAAAAAGAAUUAAAAAGAGUGCAAGUAUUGAUUAUUUUUGAUGUUUUGAAGUUCUUUAAAAGGGGACUUGGAGAUAUUUAAUAAAAAAUCGACUUUUUACGUUGUAAAUAUAUUAUUAAAUUAAGUGUAAUUAUAACAUUUUACAACAUAACCAACAAAAAUUUUACAAAAUGCUGCCUCAACAGUAUUGUUUAAGAUGGAGGUACCAUCAUUCAAAUUUGCAAACUAUGUUUUCUCAGCUCUUGGAAAGAGAAGCAUUUUGUGAUGUUACAUUGGCAUGUGAAGGAAGAACAAUAAAAGCCCACAAAAUUGUCUUAUCGGCAUGUAGUACAUAUUUUGAAACAAUACUUUCCCAGUACGAAGAAAAAGAUCCCAUAUUAAUAAUGAAAGAUGUAAAAUACGUAGAUAUAAAAUGUUUAGUUGAGUUUAUGUACAAAGGAGAAAUUAACGUAGAACAUUGCCACCUUGCGACUCUCUUAAAAACAGCAGAGGAGCUUAGGAUAAAGGGUCUGGCGGAAGUUUCUUGGCGGGAUGAGGAACAGCAACCAGGAAAUAGCGAUUCAAAUUCCAAUGGAGUACAAACUGCAAUACCUCAAGUUCAGGCUGUCAUGGACAGUCCUACCACAAAAUUCGAUUCGCCAUCAAAUAAAAGGAAAAGAGGUCGGCCGCCGAUAGACGACUACGAUCAAACUUUUACAACACCCAGGAUAAUGAAUGUUACAGGGGGAGCCCAAGAAGACGCUUAUUCCAAUGAUGCUAUGUCCAGCAGCGAACAUGACUUAAAUAUUUGGGAAGAGGAACAGUCAGCAAACGAAGCCACAGAAAAUGCUGAAAAUGAGGAACCACCUGUAAAAGUGAAAAAGGAAGUGACCAACGAUGAAGACGUGAUUGUUGACGAUCGAAGUAACACCUCCUUCUCUCUGCAAAACGAAAGAGAUAACAAAUCAAAAAAUGUCACCAAUGUAACCACGUCAGGAACACAAUCGUUCUUAACUCCUGCAUUGGAGAAAGAGUGGCCCGAUGUUAUUAAAAUGAACGAUUACCUGAAUACAGGUCGUCGACAGCAGUUUUGGGAGGAACCAUUUACUAAGAGGGUGAUGGACGCUAUUAAGACCAAGAACCUUGAGAUGAAAGUGGCCGCCGAACUGUUGGGAGUGUCUUAUGGAACCCUGUAUGGAAGAUACAGGGACUCAUACGGAUGUUUGAAACAUCCAUACAGAGUUCGAGACUUCUGGACGGAACAGGGCCCAACAGACGUAUUAUUAAAAUUAAAAAGAAAAGAAAUAACCCUAUUUCGAGCGGCUGAGCAGCUCAACGUAACACCCCAGACUCUCUCUAAUUAUUUAAUUUCCAUGUCACAACUCGACACACCAGACGUAAAUUCCAGUAGGCAGUCAAACGCUGGGGAGUCGUACGAGGAGGCCGAAUCGGACGACGAGGCCGACUCCAUCUUGCCAGAUAUUCCUUCAAAUAACACAAACGUCUUUAAGAACUUAGUGUCCACACCUGCGAGCACCACGUCCACGUCUGGGAGUAAUUCGGUGUUGGCGAAUUGUCCCGACAUUACGAUUAUAAAGAAGGAGAAGCCCGAGGCGAAGGUUAACAAUAAUUCUGAUCAUUCCGAAAGCAACAGUGACCAAGGCAAAUAAGUUGAUUGUACUGAGUAUUUCCACUUUUAGUAUUUUAUACAGACCAAAGUAAUUUUGUACUUUUCCUUUAGUUGAUUAGUUAAAAAAAAGUUUCUUUACUGAAAAACGUAGUGAUAUGGAGAAUACCAAAAUAAUAUCUGUUACAUAAAAUUAUGUAUAUUUACAAUUUACGCAAUAUUAUAUAUUGGCAAGGUAGUUUAGUGUUAGGAACAUAUCACAGGGUCCGGACGGACAGUCUUCUGCACUGACUCUACAUUGCAAUCCUAUUUAUAGUGCUUUAAUAGUAGGUUAACUGCAAUGUAUUUGCUCCACUCUCAGUAUUUGUAUUUCGUGUGCAUUAUCUUUGGGUACGCAAUCCGAAAGUACCCAAUUAGAGUAAAAAAUAAGUAUAUAUUAUUUAUGUAUAUUUAAGCAUAAAAUUGUUUAGUAUAGUGUAGAAUUUGUCAUAUAUUUGUAUUAAAACAUGGAAGUAACGGUUCAUGUUUUCCUAUUACAACAUACCUAUAUUAUUAUAUAAUGAUCUAUAUUUAUACAAUUAUUAUUUGAGUGCCUAAUCAUAAGUUAUAUAGGAAGUACUAUAUUUUACCUAUUUUACCUUACAUUAUUAUUUUUAAUGAUCUGUAUAACAUUAUGUUUGGUUUAAGGAAUCACGAAAGUUGUCUCUGGUACAAGAUUAUGUGUUGAGUAUGUGCCUCUCUUUUGGAUCGGUAUUUAUUCAUAUACCAGUUUACAUAUACGUAUGUUUUAUGUAUUAAACGUUUUAUGUAGAUUUUUUUAUUUAUUAAAAAUUUUGAUAUAAUAA